AUGCUAGUUGGAACUGGCGGUUUUAUCUAUUAAUAAGAUUAGAAUUUGAUGUUCAUCAAAGUUGAAUCAGUAACUGUUAGAAAAGUUAAAGCUAUGAGUCAUGCAGUAUUUAAUAUGAACCAUAUUUUGAAUAUGAUGAAGGAGUAAUACGCUAUGAAGGAGUAAAUGGCUUGUUUACUGAGAACUGUAUUUUUAGAAAUUGUAGGCAGUCAUAUCAAGGAGCUUUUAUCAAGAUUGGUUCUUACAAAUACUAAGAUAAAGGAUCUCACGAAUCUUAAGAAUAUAACUGCAUACAAUAUAGAAGCAAAAAUGUAUGGCGGGUUCCUCUAUAAUGAACAGAAAAGCUACUUAGAAUUUUCAAUAAUAACAAUUUAAGAUUCAAAGGACAUAUCAAAUAUAUCAUCUCAAUAAGGAGGGUUUGCUUAUAUUAAAAACCCAUAAACAAACAUUACUCUUAAGAAUAUUGAGUUUAAAAAUAUAUCAUCUCAAAUCUAGGGAGGAAUCUUCUAUGUUGUUGACUCAGAUAUGAUUUCAAUAGAAAAUUCUAAAUUUAAAGAAUUUAGUUCCACAAUUGGUGGAUUUAUUUCAUCCUCCUCGUUCUUAAUGAGACUGUAGAUUAUAGCAUCUACUAUAAUUUGUGAUAAAGAUUAUAAUUAAGAAUCUGAGAUUGAUUAGCUUUCGGGUUGUAAGCAUUACUUUGAGAAAUAAUAAUUUCUAAAAAUGUGGAAAAUCAUCUUAAGGAGGUUUAUUUUCGCUUUAAAAGACUACCCUAUCAGACUAUAAAUCAAUAUACAGAGAAAAUUCUGGGCAAUAUGUGGGAAUGUAGCAUAAACAGGAGGUGUAAUUUAUGGUGUUUCAAAUUCAAAUAUAAGCAUUUCAUAUUGCACUAUAUAGAAAAAUCAGGCCAUUAUGACUGCUGGAGCAAUAUAUCUCAAUAGUAUUGAUUUAUUAAAUGAUGAAACUCUUGGUUCAUUUAUAUUUUUGAUAUUUGAUGUGAGAAUGGAUAUUGAUAAUUGUGAGUUUAAAAAUGGAGCUUCAAAUUUAGGAGGUUCCUUUUUUCAAAUAACUAAGCAAAUUCUAAAGGUGGAGCAAUCUACUCCUCUGGCUUUAAGAGUAUUUUCAUUGGAGAAGGGACACAAUUUUUCAAUAACUCUGCUCUUGACAGUGGUGAGGACAUUUACAUCACAAACUCUUUUAAUACAAUAACUUUGA